AGUGUUGACAACAACAACAACAACACGCAUGCGCAACAUUUGCCGUCUUCACUCUCUUCAUUGUCGUCUUCUUCUUGCGCCCGGGACAUAAAGCAGUAAAAUAAAUCCCGCAAUUGAAGACAGCUUGCAUGAGGGAAAGAGGGAAAGAGAGAGAGCGAGAGGGAGAGAGAUAGCAAGAGCGGGAGCGAGGCAUAUUCAUAUAUUCCUGUUCAAGGAUUGUCGACCACACUUCACACCACACAAAAACUGUUGGCGUUGCAUUUCGUAUUCCAGUUGUCAUUUGACAUUUAUGUCGCCUGCUUUGGGAUUGCAGAGAUAAACAGGACUAGGAUUGUGGGAUUGGUAACGCUGCCGCACUGGAGCUGGAGGAUUGCCGCGAUGGCAUCAUCUUCGAGAGGCAUACAGCAGUCUAGCGGCUGUGGCUGGCUGCUGCUGGUGCACGGGCUGCUGGCGCUGACCGCGCUCCACAUGCACAGCCUGAAGGGGGCGGCAGUUGAGGCGCUGCCGAUCACCUCGCGGCCCAUUGAGGGCAAUGCACAGAAGGAUGCGUGGGAGGCGUGGUUGCGUCUCCCAUACGAGCAGAAGUCGCUCGAGAAACAGAAGAAGGUAAUGCCCAAAUCGAUAUUCGCAUUGCCCUUCCGCCACUGCCCGCCGGGCCAUAAGCUGUACAACGAGCGCUGCAUACCGCAGAUCAACAUUGAUCCCACCGAUCUGGUGGCCCAGGAGCUGCAGGGUGCACUCGGCGAGGGCGGUGAGGUCAGCAGCGGCAGCCCCACAGACUACGAUUACAGCGACAGCGAGAGCGAUGAGCAGCUCUACGAGAUGUCCACAGGGCCGUUCGCUCAGAACGAUCAGCUGUCCACGCAGCCCAGUGCCAGUGGUGCCGAGGACCAGGCCCUGCCCAGUGAGGAUGCCCCACUCAAGUUCAAUAUAUUUGAAAAAAAGUUUCCCACGGCGCCAGAGGCUGUGCUGCAGCCCGAUGUUGUUAAUGCAACGACAGCAACAACAGCAACAUUGGCUGCAAUGAGCACGCCCACACCCACGCCCACAAUAGCAACAAUGCGCGAAGACGCCCUCAAGGCGCAGCGGCAGCCGGAUAAUCGAAUUGCCGAAGGCGCUGAAGAUCUGCAAGCGGAUGCCAGCAAUGCUCUGCCCAGCACAACUACCCUCAGCAUCUCCAGCAGCAGCAGCAGCAUUGGCUCCUUCAGCGAUAUUGGGAAUAUCGAUGCCAUUGUCGUGCCAGCGGGCGGGCCUCGGGGUGCAGAGCCCAGCGUUCAGCUGGUGACAAGUUCGAUGAGAGAUGAGCCCGAGCUAAAUGUGGUUACAAAGCCGAAUGCGGAUGCGGGGGCGAAUCUGCAGGCAGCAGCAGAGCCAGAGGCAGAGGCAGAGGGAGAGACGGACCUGGAGCAACUGCUCAAGGUUGACGCCUUUCUGCCGGCCUAUGGCAGCAGCGUGGAUAUGAUGCCGCCGUUCAGUCAUCGUCGCGUCUCGCCGCUGCUCAGCGCCGAUCUGGAUCUGGGCGAUGAUACGGCCACGGAUAUUGUUCCAGCGGCGGUUGACAGCGAAGCUGAUGCAACAACAACAACAACAACAACAACAACAACAACAACAACAGCAACAACAGCAGCAACUGCAUCGUUGGCAACGCCCACAACAACAACAUUGUCUUCAGCCCAGCCGCGAGUGCCAGGGGAAGAACAAGAGCUAGAUCGAGUCGUCGUGAAAAAAUCGAAAGUGCAACCGGUUCAGUUAAGCUCCAUAACUGCAACGACUGCAGCAACAGCAACUGCAGCUACACUAACAGCAACAGCAACAACAAUGACAUUAACAGCAGCAUCAGCAGCAGCAGUGACAACAACAACAGCAGCAACUGUCGCUGCUGCUGCUGAAACCGAAGUUGCUGCUAUACAUCAAGAUGCCAAUGGCAAUACGAGAGAUGAUGACCGGUUUUAUUAUCAGCCUUUUGCCAGAGAUGUUGCUGCCAGUGCCAGUAGCAGCAGCAGCAGCAGCAGCAGUAUUGCUGACGGCGAUUUGGAUGUGCUGAACGAUAUGGCAUCCAGUGACAAUUUAAUGACAAAUACAAUUGGUGGCCAGGGCGACAGUGAGAAGGCGGCAAGUGAAAAUAAUUUUGAACAAGAAUUGCGCAUUAUAAACGAGCUGGUUAAGGACAAGCGGCGAUUAUCGCAGCUGCGACAACAGCAACAAGAGCAGCAGUCAACCAGCAGCAGCACAACAAUACCAACGACAGCGACAGCAACAACGACAGCAGCAACAGCAACGAUCAUCGAAAGCAGCUCAGACGCGUCUAGCACAGCAACAGCAGCAACAGCAACAACAGCAGCAACAACAACAGCAGCAGCAGCAACAGAAACCACAAAUUUUUGGUCAAGCCUCAUGCCAAUGCUGGGCUUGAGCUCAACGGAAUCAACAGCAGCAACAGAACAAUCAGCAGAGACAAUUACAACGACAUCAGUCAAGCCAACAGCAACAACGGCGAUAACAGGCAAUGUUGCUGAAAGCUCAACAGCAACAGUAACAGCAGCAGCAAAAACAGUAGCAACAAAUGUUGCUAACACAAAAAGCACACAACAUUUAAGUAUUAAUACCAAUCGUAGCAAUAGAAAUAGUAAAAUAAUUAGAGUAGAUAGUUUAGGUGUCAGCCCACAGCCAAUAUCAACAGCAACAGCAGCAACAGAAGCAACUGCUGCAACAGCAGCAGCAACAGCAGCGACAGCAGCAACAGCUGCAACAGCAGCAACAGCAGCAACGGCUGUAACAGCAGAAACAUCCCAAUCCGCUGACGAUGCAAAUUAUACACCAUUUUGGUGGCUGCCCAACAUUGGCUGGCGUGUGGAUCGUCAGUUGGACGAGAAGGGCGAGGAUCGAUCGCUGUUGCUGCGUUUCUUCAGGACAUUUCGUGCCAACGAUAGUGACGUGGCAGCAGCAGCAACAUUGCCGUCGCGUCGCUAAUCUCUCUAGCAUUUUUCUGUGCACUCCCCCGUGCCCUGUGCGCUGCUCUUAGCUGCUCUCGCUCCACCCGAGACACGCUGGAGUCCGCUAGUCGGCUGGGAUUGCUGUCGUGUCGUAGGCCAUGCCGGUGGCAACAACGUUUCAAUUGUGUGUUGAAGUUCUGUUUGUUCUGUUGCAAUGGCGUCCAACUGUUUCCACCCCACACACAAAACUACUUAGCUUUCAGUUUUGUCUAUAAUUUAUAUAUAUUAAUUUUAAUUAUUUUCAAAAUUAAAUAUCUAUUCGAUUUCUUUUUUCUUUGGUAUUUGUUUAACUGCUUGUACAUAUUACGUAACGUCAACAAUUUCAUUUAUGAUUAAAUAAUUUUUUUUUUGUUUUCAUG